AUGUGGCUAAUAGCUUGUGUAUGCAGUGUCGUGGCGCUAGUAUGCGCCACCGCUUUUGUAUUUUACAGGAAAUCGUGGGACCCUAAAGGCAAGUACGUGCUUGUGACAGGUGGUUCGCAAGGAUUGGGUUUAGCCCUCGGCAAGCUCCUCGCAUCGCGUGGCGCGCAUGUUAUUCUAUGCAGUCGUACAGAAUCAAAAUUGCAAUCGGCCACACAGGAAGUGAUGGCUACUCGUCUAUCGUCAUCGCAGCAUGUAUCCUAUGUGGUUGCUGAUGUGUCAUCAUUUGGUGGCGCAUCAGCGGCUGUGUCGCAGUGCCCUGCUCCGAUUGAUGCUGUCUUCUGCUGUGCUGGGGGAGCCAAGCCGGGCUAUUAUCUUGAGCAAACAGAGCAGGACUUCCAGGAAGGACUGCGUCUUGAUUACUGGACCGCUCUAGCGACAAGUCACGCUGUGGCGAAAUCCAUGAAGCAGCAUCAAAAGCGCGGUAAGAUUGUGUUUGUGAGCAGUGUCUUGGGUAUGAUGGGUAUGGUGGGCUACGCACAAUAUUCGCCGAUGAAGUUCGCUAUUCGAGGUUUGGCCGAAUGCCUUCGUUCGGAGCUUUUGCUGUAUAGCAUUGAUGUGCACAUCUAUUUCCCUGCCACCAUUCUUACUCCAGGCCUCGAAGUGGAAAACCAAACCAAGCCAGAGCUUACGAAGCAGAUUGAGGGAACUGAUGAGGGCCAGACACCUGCUCAAUGUGCUGCGCACUUGCUUCGCGGAGUUGAAAGGAACGAGUACAGUAUUACAGAUGGCUUGAUCGGCUGGCUCUUCCGGAUCUCUUCUGGUGGCUCAGCCCCUGGUAGCAAUGUGUGGGUGGACUCUCUCGCUAUGCUACCUGCUCGCUGGGCUGCCAUUGGUUGGCGCCGGUUCUUUGCUGAUAGCGCCGUGCUUCAGCAUGCUAGGAAAGCAUAA